GAUUUUAACUGAACCGACUUAGUAAUGCAUUGGAUGAAUUGGCGUUUAUUCAUCCCACCGCUUCUUUGGAAUGUAAUUUUAAGGAUUAGGUUUGUCGAUAACUGUUUGAAUAUAUGUUUGCUCUUGCCUUGGUUGAAGAGCUGAAUAAAUGGAGAGGCUAACAAGAGGCUGGCUUGUGCACACAGUGAGAGAGAGAAAGGUGUGGUCGAAGCUGUUGAUAGCCACAAAGUGACUAUCGGACAAAGCAGGUGUGAGGGCACACAUAUUCAGAUUGCUGAAGGAACAGACGGGAGAUUCCAAGUAUAAUCUACAACAGUGGUUCUUAACCUGGGUUCGAUCGGCCUCAGGGGUUCGGCGGAGGUCAAGACACACCCGACUCAUCGUGUAAAUAAAAACUUCUCCCUAUCGGCGUAUUACGGAUACGGCAACAGCAGAAGUCAGACUGAUUUGCAGACACACUGAAAAAGCUGCGUGGCCAGAUUCACCAUGGAUGUGGUUAAGGAAAAUGUUCCCGCUUAUGAUAACAUCGGCUUUCAGCACGAGGAUACAAGACCGCCGCCGUACGCCCCGCGGGCUGGGAUAUACCCCUCCCUCCCUCAAACCACGCCAAGUUAUGUCGUCACUCACGCGCCCGAAAACACCUUCCAGUCUACACCGCAGGAAAGCGUCCAAAACAAAGGAAGAAAGAAAUGCAAUUGGAGCCGCAUCCUGUCUGUGUCCAUAUUUGUUCUCCUUGUCCUGGCGGUGCUCACUCUCCUGCUGUGGUACUUCUUGUAUUACCAAUGUGCAUUUGGGAGGGCUUGCAGGAACACUGGGAAGUGUCUGAGCUUUUCCCAGUGGUGUGAUGGAGUCCCAGAUUGUCCUGACGGAGAGGACGAGUUCAAAUGCUUUCGUCUUCAUGGAAGUAACUUCCUGUUGGAGAGUUACUCGUCACAGGGCCAGUCGUGGAUGCCAGUGUGUGCUGACAAGUGGGAUGACGACUACGGGAAACUUGUGUGCGAGGAGAUGGGUUACGAGAGGAACGAUUAUGUGACCUACAGCAAAACCAAUGCAGGUUCUUUGGCCUCCAAAGGCUUCAUGAGGCUGGUGCCUGGAAGUGACACAAAAUCACAUAUUCUAUCCCAGCUAUCUCACAGUCCAUUUUGCUUGGAGAAUACUGUCGGGCUACGCUGUAUAGAUUGUGGAAAGACCUUUGCGGCCCCCAGCAGUCGCAUCGUAGGUGGUACAGAGGCUUCAGAAGGAGCCUGGCCCUGGCAGGUCAGUCUCCAGUCUUUGGAUCGCAGGCACAUUUGUGGAGGCUCCAUCAUCAGCCCACUCUGGAUUGUCUCAGCUGCACACUGCUUUGAAGAUUUCUCAAACCCUUCAAAAUGGAUCGUGCGCUCAGGCGACGUCAGCUUGUCGGAAAUGAAGUUUUAUGAUGGCAACAAAGUUCGCCAAAUCAUCAGCCAUGAAAAGUUUGACUCUGUAACCAACGACAACGACAUUGCUCUUCUGAAGCUGGACACACCUUUGACAUUUUCAAUGACGGUAAAGCCGGUGUGUUUGCCUAACAAUGGUAUUGAGGUCUUAGCUGGAACUCCAGCAUGGGUUACAGGUUGGGGAACCUUGAGUUCAUCUGGGCCACUUCCAGACAAACUCAAUCAGGCUGAGGUCACCAUUUACAACAGAGAGGACUGUAACAAGGCCAACAUUUUGGACGGCGCCAUCACUGAAACCAUGAUUUGCGCUGGGGAACUGAAGGGAGGCGUGGAUUCAUGCCAAGGCGACAGUGGAGGACCCUUGGUGGUCAAGGAGGCAGACGUGUGGUGGCUGGUUGGAGACACCAGCUGGGGGAUUGGAUGUGCGUUAAAGAACAAGCCAGGGGUCUACGGCAACGUGACUCACUUUACUGACUGGAUAUAUCGGCACAUGCAGAGUGAGUGAUGCUGGUGAACAUGAACAUGACUGUGUGCCUUUAAUGGCCAUACACACUAUGCACUUUGGAGUUGAAAUAUUGGUAAACACUGAAUGUUUCUGUUAGAACAAAUGUAUAUAAAUAAAGAUUUUUUUUUCACAAAAUAACAAA